AUGUCAGUUGAUAUAUCUAACACAAAUGAUCCUAGAGGUGACAUUCCGUCAUGGGCAAUAAACUUGGCAACUACAAAGGUGUGUCCACGUCUUGUGAAGACGUUACAUCGAGCAGCUCUCCGAUAUCCUGCAUGGAAAGCUCAAAAUCGGCCAGAAUUUGCACCUUGGCGAAAUCCUGAACAACAGGAUAAGACAAUACCUGAACUAUGUCCAUCAGAUAUACUAAAAGAACCAGAUUUCCCUCUGAAGAAAGUUCAUGAGAAUCGUGUCACUAAGGAAGGUGCUUUGAAAGAAAUCGGAUUACCACCGGAUACAAAGAUUGAUGAAGACAGCUCUUAG